UUAGGAUUAGAAUCACGUCUCGAGGCGAGACAUGAUUCUAGAGAAAAAAAACAUUGCUUUUUUCCACCCAUCAGUCGGUAUAAGGAAAGACCCGCUGAAGCUCACUGGGAGGGAGAAGUGACGUCAAGGAAAUCCUCACUGCUACUGAGACCUUAAUAUAACCAUGAACUGAGAGCUCAAAGCACAUUACUGCGCAAAAUAUAGACUUACAGGAUUACCAGAGCAAAAAGCACCAGUCCUCAUUCAGGUGUGCUUAAUUGAAGACAACGAAGCUAAGAGCAAUUAGAUCUUCUUGCUGAGCAGGUUUCUGCUGGAUGGGACUAUUGCUGGAGCACAAUUUUACUCCGUCCGAUUUAGUCUGUUAAUUCUUUGCUUCAGCCACACUCAAAGAGACAACCGUCGUUUAACCGAGUGUUUGUCGACAAAUUGCACAUAUGACCCUGCUGGCGAGCAUGCGGCGCCACAGUAUUCGCGUUCAGCAUCACCUGCACCGGUGGAGCAUCUGCGGGACGGACGGUGGGCAGCUGCUGAGCGAUGGUUUCGCGCACUCCGACAUCGGUAUGUCCCGUUCCAGUUCCUGCUCGUCCGCCUCUUCAGACUCCGCUCUCUCAACCGAGUCUCCGACUCCAUCUUCGGUCGGACCCUUCACUGUUGUCCUGCUCGGAGACAACGGCGUUGGGAAGUCCGCGCUCGCCAGUAUAUUCGCUGGGGCGUCAGACAGCAUGGGCAGCGAAUGCGAGUUGUAUGGAGGUGAAGUAUUUGAGCAGAUAAUUACAGUAGAUGGUGAGAGGGCCACCGUUACCCUACUCGACAUGUGGGAUUCACAGGAUGAGGACAGCUGGACGCAGGAGCGAUGUUUGCAGACAGGAGAUGCUUUCAUUAUAGUUUAUGCCAUUACAGAUCGUUCAAGCUUCCUUCGCGCAUCAGAUCUUCGUAUUAAGCUCCGGCGUGAACGCGAGGCUGACCGCACUCCAAUCAUCCUGGUUGGCAAUAAAUGUGACCUGGUCCGCUGCCGAGAAGUGUCCAUUAGUGAGGGUCGUGAGUCUGCUGCUGUCUUUGACUGUAAGUUCAUUGAGACGUCAGCAGCAAUGCAACACAACGUCUGGCCGCUGUUUGAGGGCAUCAUCCGCCAGCUCCGUCUACGAAGAGACAGCUUGGAGGCUCUCACCAGGCGUUGUUCUCUUCAAAAGCGUCGGGAGAGUCUCCCAAAGAAAGCGAAGCGGUUCAUUAACAAACUGGUUGCUAAGAAGAACAAGCAAGCAGCUUUCAAACUCAAGUCUAAAUCGUGUCAUGACCUGAUGAGUCUGUAGUGUGUGACUUCGAAUGGCUCUGAAUGUUUGAAUUGUAUUGUAUGAAGUUUGGGUGCAAAGUAAGUGAUUUUAAGAAAGCCAGGUAUGUCUAUAUUAGACUGUACUGUAGAAGAGCAAUGAUUACAGGCUUCUCGCUCCCUCUGUGAAGGACAGAAUGCUCUAGUGUUACCUAUCGUCCUUUUCAAAAUCCAUGAAGUACACAAAUGUUUUUCUGGGAACCCCAAGACAAAACCAAUCCUUUUCAUUUUUUUAAUGAACUUCCUGAUAGGUUUGCUUUUGAAUUGUAAGAACUCUUUGUUGUACCUUGUGUGUGUGUGUGUGUGU